GGCGGGGGAGCAGCGGCCGCGGCCCCGCGGAGCGCCUGUAGCCGCGGCCGGGCCGCAGGCUGGCGAGCCGGGGCGCGCUGGCGGCGGCCGCCGCGACGGCGGCGGAGGAAGAGGGAGGUGGGAGCCAGCUGCCGACCGUGCCGCCGCCCCACAAGAGGAUGAAGAAACGGAAGGAGCUGAACGCCCUCAUCGGCCUGGCCGCCGACGGCCGCAGGAAGAAGCCCGCCAAGAAGGGCUCGGGCCACCGGCUGCUGCGCACCGAGCCGCCCGCCUCCGACUCCGAGUCCAGCUCCGAGGAGGACGAGUUCGCCGGAGCGCGGGGCCGCUGCGGCAAGGGAGACUAUCUACGAUGCUGCAAGUUCUGUUACCCAUUAUGUUCGUUUGUCAUUCUCGCCGCUUGUGUGGUAGCGUGCGUUGGCUUAGUCUGGAUGCAGGUGGCCCUCAAGGAGGAUCUGGAUGCAAUAAAGGAGAAGUUUCGGACUAUGGAAUCUAAUCAAAAGACAUCAUUCCAAGAAAUUCCUAAACUGAAUGAAGAUUUGGUGCAGAAGCAAAAGCAACUGGAACAAAUCGAGACUGGAGAACUGGGGCUAAAUAAAGUUUGGAUAAAUAUCACAGAGAUCAAUAAACAGAUAUCACUAUUGACCUCAACAGUAAAUCAUCUCAAAAACAACAUAAAGUCUGCUUCUGAUCUGAUUUCUCUUCCUCUCACAGUAGAGAAACUUCAGAAGACUGUAGCUAACAUAGGCAGCACACUUACCAGCGUUUCUCAUGAUGUUGAAAAUAUACAGACAGCUAUUGAAGAAUACAAGAAAUCCAUAGAAAUCCUCCAGAAUGAUGUGAGGGAAUUAAAACAGAAUCCUUCACUUCCCUCCACUGUUGUGCCAAGGACUGAGAAAAAUCAGACAGAAAACUGCAAAAAGGAAAGCCAGUCGCUGCAUGCAGCCUUGGGAGAGCUAAAUAACACUGUAGUGGCGUACCAAAAGUUGAAUGACAUCAAGCUUCUAAAUGUGGAUUCAGCCAUUGGUAACCUUAGCCAGAGGGUGAUGCUGUUAGAAAACUCUGCUCUUUCUGUGAAUAAUCUGGACAAAAGAGAGAACUUGUCUACCUUUGUGGGGAAUGAUGCAACUACCUCUAAAAAAGUGGAAAAUGAAGAUCAAGUAGAUAAUGAAACUUGUUCAAAUAAAGAACUGAAGGAAACAGGAACUAGAGAUUCUCAGGUAUCAAAACUAAGAGAGAAGCUUCAGAUGAUCAAUGCUCUCGCAAGCAAGUCAGAAAACGACAAACUCAUUGAGACAUCAAAGAAUGUUGAAAGUAGUCUGAGUACUACAGCAAAGCCCACAGACCUUUCAAGGCUGGCUUCAAGGUCAGCUGAUGACAACACAGAGAGUAAUGGACAGCCGAGACAUCUGUCCUUACCAGGAAUUUCCAGCAUUGAAGAUCUUCGGAAUUUCUUUGAAAAAGCAACCCAAGAUGCUGAUGGAAAACUGUCACAUGAAGAUCUUCAAAAGCUGCUUGGCUCAACAGCUCAAGAGUCACAGAGCUUUAAGCAAUUUGACACAGAUGGAGAUGAGAAAUACUCAUUACAAGAACUGAGAUUAGCAUUAGGUGUCUAAGAUACAUAUUUAGAAAUGUGAUACUGAUGGAUGCUACUGUAGCUAAAGGAAACUAUGGGACAUGAAAAACUACAUCUGCACUUUCCCAGUGUUUUACUGAUCUUUGGAGCUAAGUUACUGUACACAUUGCCACCUCUUUUUUCAUUUGCAUUUAUUGAGGGGGAAAAAAAAUACAAAUUUAUAUGUCAACAGGACAUAAUAUUGGGACUGUGUUAAAAUCCAGAAAAUUCCCAAACUUGGAAACAUUUUCCUCUCAUUCUUUCCUUCUCAAGGGAGUUCUUGUUUUUAAUUUAAAAUGUGUACAUACUAAAAUAAAACUAUGGUUUUAUAGUUCACUGAAAUUUGCCUUAAAUUAGAGAGCUGCACUUUAUGUAGAGCAGAAGGAAAGCUGUCUUGUAAAGAUGGGCUGCUUCUGCUUGUAAAUAUUUGAGAUAGAGUAAAUUAUGCAUAUUUAAGGGGAAGUUUGUGUCAGGGGCUGUGUUGGUAGCAAGCUGUUUAUAAUGAGACUGAGCCUAAAAGUGGUGGUUAAGAGCUUCAGAUAAAUUUCUAAUUUUGACUACAGCGUAUCCAUGAAUGAGUUUGGACUCAGUCAGAGGAAAGCAGGAGUGGUAAAUCAUGCCCAUCUAUAGCAGGAUUUAUUUUUAGAGGGAAGAGUUGAAAGUGGUUUUAUAUCAUGAGCCUACAGGAGCAAAUUACCUACCAAGUGCUUGGGUUUUCACUUCAGCAUUCUUUUAGCUUGGCUGCAUUGCAUCCAGAUUACAUUUUGUGAGAUAAGCCUAUCUGUUCUAUUUAAAAAAAAAAAAAAGUCUUGAAUAACUUUAACAGAUGCUUAAGAGGUAAAAGUCUACAGUGCAACCUGCUGAGUAGCACCUGGAUAGUUCAAGCCUCAGGUGUGAUCAGUGGUGUGCUGAUUGUCUUGCUAACUGGUCGCUGGAGAUCUUUGGAACAGGGUUGCUGAUGCUGCCGGUUUCUUCCAUGCACUGUUGUUUGGGUCACUAUGAUGAAGCGUCCUGAGUAAAGCUCCUGGUCACCAGGAGUGUGAGCAGGUGGGAAAGGCCCAAGGGUAGACUUGUGGGCUGUUUCCUGACUGAUGUGAACGUGAUCACUUCUUGCUACCUUUACCUUUUGUGUUCUCGCCAACAGAAGGAUGUAAAAUGCAGGGUAGGAGUGUGCAGUGGCAUCAGUGUUCUCUACUGACACAUCUCUGUAAGUGGGGUUUCCUUACUAUAGAGGAACUGAAGGGUUUGUUUAUACUAGUGGAUCUAAACACAGAGCAUGUUUAUAACCUUCUGAAACAUAGAAAAUAACUUUUGCAGAAGGAAUUCUCUUACAGGCGAGGUCAUGGCCAAGUGGGAUGAUUUUGCUCACAAAUAGCUCUGACGUUGUUGGCAGCUUUUUGCAUAACUAGUGAACUGAAGUUGCCCACCUUGCUAAGACAUCAGUUUAUGUGGAAGUUGGUUCGUAACUGUUGACUUUUACAAAACUUUAGACUGGAUGUUUUAUGAAUAAUUGUAUUCUGGAAGUACGAAUCAGUGAAGGAAUGUACAAAAUGGAACCCUGUUACCUGUUGCCUAGGCUUCUUUCACUGUUGCUCUUCUAUCCUGUUUGGGUAAUGCAGACGUGACCCAAUACAGAAAUGCUUUUGAUGUGACAUUUGCAAACACAGUAUUUAAGAACAAAACAAAACCAACCAACCUUGGCUUUUGAGAGGACAAGAAGCCAAUACUUGCUUCUUGCCGCUUCCCGUACCCUUUUAUACGCUACUGUAUAAUUCCUUAACCAAAUAA